AUGAAGGAAUUCGCCUUGUGCGGCGUGUGUCGCCUGUCGCACGAUCAGGGCCGGCCGCACAUCUACACCAAGCGACACACGACGGCGCUUGCGACGCUUCUCGACAAGGAGCUUCGUCGCAUGGGCACCCUGGCGACAUGGCUGGAGUCGCACAGUCGGUCGCUAGCCUCCGCGCAAGAGCAAAGCGCGCCGAUUGCGGCGGGGAUAGCAGCGCAUGGCGGCGCGGACGAGAGGCAGAAUGGUGCCCACAGCCACGAGGAGCGCCGCGAUUGGCGGUCUCUGACGGGAACGCGCGACGACGAUGGAAUCGAUAGAGCGGCGACUAAUGGCGCUAGUGAUGGCGGAGCGUGGGUUCCGUGUGCGGAGAGCAGGAAACGGAGCCGAUGGUGUCGGUUUUGCGACGCUGACGUGGCAGAGGAUAGCGAAAUUGGCGGCUGGAAGCAGUGGGUGCGCCACGUCAGCAGCGCGGACCACAUGACGUCAGUGAGGGCGUUUUGGGCGGCAAACUGCAGUGGCAGGGGCGUCGUGGCGGCUGAUACUGCUCGUGUCGCUGCCGCCCUGACCGCCCGCCUUGCUGCUGCCACUGCUCCGUCUGCUUCUGCUUGUGCUGCUCAUGCUGUUAAUAGCAAUGACGCGGCUGUGCCUGCAAGGGAUGGUGCAGGGGGUGCUUCCGCCAAGCGACGAGCCAAAAAGCAAAGAGGGAGCAACCAUGGGGGCUUAGAGAUCAAGGAGAUUAAAGAGAUCUGGCGCGCAUUCGUGCUGCCCCCUGCCACCGCUGCCGCCGCCGGCGCCGCCGCCGCAGCAGCCGCUGCCGUCGCAGCCGCUGCUGUCGCCGCCGCCACCACCGGUGCUGCUGCUUUGGAUGACGCUGAAGCAGCUCUGGCGUCUCCCCCAUCCCUCCCUGUCCCUCCACUUCCCGCAGUUACCCCAUCGCAUCAACCCCCUUGCCUGCCCCUCACUCCUCUCCCACACACCGGCACCCCCUACCCUCCCACCCCUACCAAUACCGCCACCAAACCCGUCGUCAGACAGCCGAACCCAACUGCACCGCUGCUAAACCUCUUAACACCCCCAGAGGGCCUCUCCCUGGUCCCAGACUCCUUCUGCCCCAUCCUCUGCCCGCCAAUCACCAACACCAAAAUCUGGAAGUUUCGAGCACAACGCGUUGGGGCAGCCUGGGCAGAGAAGCGCCGGGCAGAAAUAAAAGCGGCGGAAGCGGCCCGAUAUGCCGCCGCUGCUGCUUCUGCUUCUCUACAGUUUGUUCCUGCUGGUCCUCCGACUAGAGGAGGGAGUGCUGAUGUUCUCGGUAGAUCUUCAACUGGUUCACCUGAAGCUGCUUCUGCUCCCACUGCUACUGCUGCUGGUGUUGAUGCCCCUCCUGCCGUUAGUGUGGGCGGGCAACACAGUGAGAUUGACCAAUGGGGGGGCUCCAUGUGGCUUCCAAGCUUUGGGCGGGUGUGGCAGAGCGGCCCUCGACAGGCCAGCAGGAGGGAGUUUGAGGCAGAGAGGCGAGCGCAGAGGGGCACACACGGGCAGGAGAGGCAGUACAAGGGAGGGGAGGUGAAGCGGCAGAAACAAGGGCAAGAGACGUACCUCAGGGAACGGGAACAGCAUCGGCACAAGGGAGCAAGGCGAGGGGGGGAGGAGGAGGGUGAAGCAAAGGAGGGUAAGCACUUGGCUGAGCAGCCUGCGACGACUGGAAUAGCGGUGGCCCGGCUACUGCCGCGUGCUGAUCACUCCUUGCCAUCACAGCCCUCUGAGAGCCAUCAUGGACCUUAUUCAGGGCCUGUUGCUUCACAAGGGGAGGUGGUUGUAGCGGGCUCUAGUGAUCCAGCUGCUGGCUUGCAAGCUUUUGAGCUGAGGCCGUAUGUUCCAAAGCGCCUCAGGCGAUAUAAGUAG